AGGAAAGGAAAAAAAGCACGAGCACAGGAGCAAAAAAGGCCUCUCCGGUUCUUCUUCUCCACACGCCUCGGAUUUUCCUCCAUUCCCGACGAUCUCAUUCCCUCGAAUUCUCUCUCCGUCUCCCUCGUCUGCCUGCGCAGUAGCCGAGCCGAGCCGCCGAGCCGAGCCGCUCUCUGCUUCUCGCCGGCGGCUGCUGCUGCCGGAGAGGUUCUCCGGUUCGCGCGGGCUCUCGCUUCGGCGUCUCUUCGCCGCUCGCCGUUGGUCGAGUUUUCCCGGCCGCCGGAGCUCAGUGUGGAGUGAGUACGCGUCCGGCGGCGGUUCCGGCGGACAGAUCGAAGCUGCCUCCCGCGAGCCGGUGUUCAGUUUUCUCUGCAGGCGAUUCCGGACGAAGUUCGAGUGAAAGAUAUGUUGGGGAGGCCCCAAGCCUCGCCUUCCCUUCAGUCGAUUAAAUCCUUGCCUGGUCAGUUCAAGUUCAUGGAGACGCAAGCAUCUGAUCGCCUUGCGAUGAGCGAGGAUUUGCGGCUGGGUAGCGGUGACGCGAUGUCGCCCCGUACUCUGGGAAAUGGGACUCUUGGGGACGGGGUAGCUGAAGGCGGCGCUGAAAGGAGUAAUCCUAAUGUGGAUACAGCCAAUGACGAUUCUCCCUAUGGUGGAAGUCCUGUGUCAGGUGAAGAAAGGCCAUCUAUUAGUGAAGACUCCGAGGCAGUGGCUUCGCCCUUGCCCUCAACCUCUGCAUCUCGUAGUGACCGAAUAUGGGGUGACAUGACUCCUUAUGCCUCCAAGAAGAAACUUCAGUCUUGGUUUCAGACUCCAAAUGGGGAUUGGGAGCUGGUGAAGAUAUUAUCAACUUCAGGGGUAGAGACCCUAGUUUCACUUCCUGAGGGGAAAGUUUUUAAAGUAAAAGAGGAAAGUUUGGUCCCAGCAAAUCCCGAUAUCCUGGAUGGAGUGGUUGAUCUCAUGCAGUUAAGUUAUUUGAAUGAACCCUCAGUGUUGUACAAUCUUCAGUAUCGGUAUAAUCAAGACAUGAUCUAUACCAAAGCAGGGCCGGUGUUGGUAGCAAUAAAUCCCUUCAAGAAAGUUCCUUUAUAUGGCAAUAAGUACAUCGAGGCAUAUAAGAAUAAGCGUAUGGAGAGUCCUCACGUCUAUGCUAUCACAGACACUGCAAUAAGGGAAAUGAUACGAGAUGAAGUUAACCAGUCCAUCAUCAUAAGCGGUGAAAGUGGAGCGGGCAAGACUGAGACUGCGAAGAUAGCAAUGCAAUAUUUGGCUGCCCUUGGUGGUGGGAGUGGAAUUGAAUAUGAAAUACUGAAGACUAAUCCAAUAUUGGAAGCUUUUGGUAAUGCAAAAACCUUAAGAAAUGACAACUCUAGCCGCUUUGGGAAGUUGAUUGAAAUACAGUUCAGCGAAACUGGAAAAAUCUCUGGAGCCAAGAUUCAGACCUUUCUACUUGAGAAGUCUAGAGUAGUCCAAUGUGCAGAAGGAGAAAGGUCUUACCACGUUUUCUAUCAGCUUUGUGCUGGAGCUCCUCGCUCCCUGAGAGAAAAAUUAAAUCUCAGAAGUGUCGAUGAAUAUAACUAUUUGAGGCAGAGCAACUGCUUUUCAAUCCCUGGAGUUGAUGAUGCCGAACAAUUCCACAUUGUUAUGGAAGCUCUGGAUGUUGUCCAUAUAAGCAAGGAAGACCAAGAGAGUGUGUUUGCAAUGCUUGCUGCAGUAUUGUGGUUAGGAAAUGUCUCGUUUACAGUGAUCGACAAUGAAAACCAUGUGGAGGCCGUGGAAGAUGAGGGUCUUAGUACUGUAGCUAAGCUGAUGGGUUGUAAUUGUGGAGAACUCAAUUUAGCCCUGUCGACUCGGAAAAUGAGAGUUGGGAAUGAUACUAUUGUCCAAAAACUCACUCUCUCACAGGCUAUUGUCACAAGAGAUGCCCUGGCCAAAUCAAUUUAUUCUUGUUUGUUCGACUGGCUGGUGGAACAAAUUAACAAGUCCCUGGCAGUUGGCAAACGGCGUUCUGGGAGAUCCAUCAGUAUUCUUGAUAUCUAUGGUUUUGAAUCGUUUGAUAGAAAUAGUUUUGAGCAGUUUUGCAUAAAUUAUGCAAAUGAAAGGCUGCAGCAACAUUUCAAUCGGCAUUUAUUCAAGUUAGAGCAGGAGGAGUAUAUUCAAGAUGGCAUUGACUGGGCAAAAGUUGACUUUGAAGAUAACCAAGAUUGCCUCAAUCUUUUUGAGAAGAAACCAUUAGGUUUGUUGUCCCUUCUAGAUGAGGAGUCCACCUUUCCAAAUGGGACUGAUUUGACAUUUGCCAAUAAACUGAAGCAGCAUCUGCAUUCUAAUUCCUAUUUCAGAGGGGACAGAGGCAAAGCAUUUACUGUCUGUCAUUAUGCUGGGGAGGUUACAUAUGACACCACAGGAUUCCUAGAGAAAAACAGGGAUUUGCUGCACUUGGACUCGAUCGAACUUCUUUCUUCAUGCUCUUGUCAACUACCUCAGAUAUUUGCAUCGAACAUGUUGACUCAAUCUGAGAAGAAUGUCACUGGCCCCCUGUUCAAAGCAGGUGGUGCAGAAUCUCAGAAGCUGAGUGUUGCUACGAAAUUUAAGAGUCAACUUUUUCAAUUAAUGAAACGCCUUGAGAGCACCACUCCGCACUUCAUUCGUUGUAUUAAGCCCAAUAAUUUCCAGUCUCCUGGAAAAUACGAGCAAGGUCUUGUACUGCAGCAGUUAAGAUGUUGUGGAGUCCUAGAAGUUGUUCGAAUUUCCAGGUCCGGCUUUCCUACCAGAAUGUCUCACCAAAAAUUUGCAAGGAGAUAUGGUUUCCUCCUUUUGGAUGAUGUGGCUUCUCAGGAUUCACUCAGUGUUUCAGUUGCCAUUCUUCAUCAAUUCAACAUUUUGCCUGAGAUGUACCAAGUUGGCUAUACAAAAUUAUUUUUCCGAACUGGCCAGGUUGGGGUCCUUGAGGAUACAAGAAACCGUACCCUGCAUGGAAUUUUACGCGUUCAGAGUUGCUUUAGAGGGCAUCAAGCUCGUCUUCACCUGAGGAAACUUAAGAAGGGGAUUGUGACCCUUCAAUCAUUUGUUCGUGGGCAGAAAGCUCGAAAGGAAUAUGCUGUCUUAAUAAAGAGGCAUAGAGCUGCAGUUACUAUACAAAAAAGGGUUAAAGGCAGGGUAUCCAUGAAAAAAUACCAUAAACUUUGUGAUGCUUCGGUCAUGGUACAAUCAGGUAUCCGUGGCUGGUUGGUCAGAAGAUGUUCAGGAGACAUAGGAUUCCUGAAAUCUGGGAUGAAGGGUGGUGAACCAGAAGACGUGCUUGUGAAGGCAUCUUACCUUGCUGAGUUACAGCGUCGUGUCCUCAGAGCUGAGGCUGCUCUGAGAGAAAAGGAGGAAGAAAACGACAUCCUCCAUCAACGUCUACAACAAUACGAAAGCCGCUGGUCUGAAUACGAGUUGAAAAUGAAGUCCAUGGAAGAAGUGUGGCAGAAACAAAUGCGAUCUCUGCAAUCCAGCCUUUCAAUUGCUAAGAAAAGCCUGGCCAUUGAUGAUUCUGCGAGAAACUCAGAUGCUUCAGUCAAUAAUAGCGACGAUAGAGACUCCAAUUGGGAUACUGGAAGCAGUUACAAGGGCCAAGACAGUAACGGCAUGAGACCGAUGAACGCUGGCCUUAGUGUCAUAAGCCGGUUGGCUGAAGAAUUUGAGCAGCGGAGUCAAGUGUUUGGUGAUGAUGCAAAGUUCCUUGUGGAGGUAAAGUCAGGUCAAGUUGACGCUAGUUUGAACCCUGACAGGGAGCUUAGAAGGCUUAAGCAGAUGUUUGAAGCUUGGAAGAAGGAUUACGGGGUGAGAUUGCGGGAAACGAAGGUGAUUUUGCAUAAGCUUGGAAGUGAUGAAGGUGCUGCUGACAGGGCAAAGAAGAAAUGGUGGGGAAGAAGAAACAGUUCCAGAAUCAACUAG